AUGCCACGGUGGUACCCCAUCGAAGAGGACAAGUCUGAGCCAUGUGCCGACGAGCUGGAAUACAUCAAGUCCAAGGGCGACCGAAGUGCGACAGACUACACGCACUGGGAGAAGGAAGCGUUCUUCGCGAUCGACGACCCUGAGAUCACACCUCUCGAGAGCGGCCGAAUUGAUUGGCUGGUAGAGGGCUUCAACGGCACCAAAGAGAAUCCCAACAGCCAAGAGGUGAUGCGGUCUCAAAUCCAGCGCAUCGGCGGUCUUGACUGGCAGAUACGGCUCUACCCACGUGGUGUUCCUGGCUCAGAAUACCUUUCGGUCUUCAUCGAAUGUGUGAGCAUGCUUUCAGACGACUACGCCGCCAUGGAAGACUUCAAAGACCCACCAUUCCCGUUUUUGAGGCUCGCAUCCUCGAAGCAGAACAAGGUCAAGAAGCGUCGCUCGGUUGCUGCACAGCUCGCUGUGGUCAUGUACAACCCAGAUGAGCCACGGGUCUUCGAGUACCAGACCGAGGCACACCAGUUCCACAAGAUGUCUACCGAUUACGGCUGGAAGUACUUCACGCGCUUCCCAAGAUACGAGUUCCACGUUCGACAACACGGUCAACGUCAGGCCAUCCUCCGAGGCGACAAGCUUGCAUUUUUAGCAUACAUCCGCACCGUCGACGACCCGACUGGCUGCUUGUGGGAGCAUGGUGACCAGUCCGCCGACGGAAUCACCGCAGUCACUGGUCUGCGGCCCUUCAGGAGAUCACUUGUCUACACUGCAAGUGCUAUCCCCCUGCUCCACUUUGCUCCGUUCCGCAAGUUUGCACAAGACUUGCCCCCUGGCGCCGAGAACGCCAGCGUUUGGCUACACCCUCUGCUGCUGAAGAUGUACUCUCGCAAACGCUCACCAAAUUACGGCAAUCGCGGCUCGCAGUUCGACAUCGAUGUCAUGGAGAUGCUUUGGAGAAUGGCGUCUGGUCUUCCAAGAAUGUAUCCCGAUGGGCCUGAAAGCGGCAGAUUCAAUGAACUAGUCGGUUCUUUCCAUGCCGAGAAGGGAGCUGUGUGUGGCUCUAACAGGCUCAACACCAAAGAGCAUCCCUCCAUUCAGCAAGCUGUCGAUAGCCACCCGAAGCUCAUAGCUCGCCCUGCGCUGCUCACGCUCGAGCUGCAACGACAGGAGCACGACAAGACCGAGCGCAAGUGGAAGAAGCUGACGAACAAGGUCAAGUGCGACGAGACGCUGAACGUCGGUGGCACUUCAUACACACUCUUUGCCUUCAUCACGCAUUGCGGCCAUCUACGAUCGUGUCGCUACAACUCGUAUGUGCGUCCACGAGGUCCUGGCAAGGGCUGGUACGCAUACCAAGACAGCAAUGUCACCCGUCUCACCGAGAAGCAAGCUCGUGAGAGACACUCUGGUGCCGAAGGUAACGCCAACGGCUCACGGAAAUCCGAAGAUGGCUACGACUCGCCAUUCAGCGAAUUCCACGAGCCAACGAGCGAAGUCACAUGUGCUGUCAUGUACGUGCGCGACGACAUGGCUGAAGAGACUUUCAAUGCGCCAGAUGUCGAAGAAUGGAGACCAGACUACAUCGAGCCUAUCAACGACCUCUACGACCUGCCUAUCAAAUCAGCCAUCCACGAAAACUUUGGUCACGCAAAUGUCCCAAACAUCAACGCUCCACCUGCCGUCACCGAAGAAGAGUUCGCCCGCCUACAAGAGAUAGCGGCACGCAUCGACCAAGCGGCGACCGAAGCCACGCCUGAGCCUCCGAUGAUGGAUGGAGAGGACGUUGUGAUGAGAGAUGCCGACGACGACUCGACUUUCGAUAUCGAAUCGCAAGAGACGUCGCCAAUGUACGAUGGCAAGGUAGCAUCUGCGGGCACCAAAGACUGGCUCGGCCAAGCCUACUACGAAGGCCACUUCAACGAGCAUGGCGCUUUCCACGGCGGCGGUCACCACAUCGCCACCAAUGGCGACGAGUACCUCGGCGAGUUCAGAGACGGCGAAUACUCUGGCUAUGGCAAACUCAUUUACGCCCUCACCGGCAACAUCUACGAAGGCGAAUUCAAGAAUGGCAGGCCUGAGGGCCGUGGCAAGCUCACAGAAGCUUCCUCGACUGGCAAUGUCUACGAAGGCGGUUUCAGAGAUGGCAAGAAGCACGGCGACUUCGUCUUGACGGGCAAAGUCACCGACGAAGACCAGAGCCACUGCCACAUCUGCUACGACAAGGACAUCACGACGGCGUUCUACGACUGCGGCCACGUCGUCGCCUGCCGCGACUGUGCCGCGCAGAUCGACGUCUGCCCGGUUUGUCGUCGACGUGUGGUGGCGAGGUUGCAGCUGUAUGGCGUGCGGGUUUCGAAUGCAUAG